AGUUUGUAAGACCACAAGUAAAUAUGGCGGUCCAUUUACUAGCAAAGACAUCCAUAUUCUUCUCUAAUUGCCAUGUUUUUAAUUAAUUGUAUUGUUAUGAGUAAGUGUGAGUGAUUAGUUUCCUAGGGAGUGCUGAAAGCACCAACGAUCACAAGAGAUGAAGACGAUACAUCUCCAUCCAAAAUCUUAGGACAUUAUGUAUAUAAGUCACGUCUUUUAUAUAUCCAACGUUUUACCAUUUUACUCAUUUAUAGGUGAUAUGAAACUAAUCACUCUGACUUGAACUGGACAUAUCACAUAUAAAAAAUCCAGUUAAAUAUUAAGUCAAUCUUAACCUUUCAAUUUUGGCCAAAAUGAAGCUAAAGCAAGUAAUCAACUGUGAUCACAGUUUCCAACCAGUAGCUGAACUACACGUAUGCCUAACCCCUUCUUAGGGGAAUCCUAGUCAACAGCAAACCUUAAUUUUCAAUGUCCUCACAGUUUCCAUUACACUUUCUGACCUUUCUCUUUUACUCUUCUAUUACGUCUAAAACAAAUUUCAACAUAGAGUGAUAUACACGUUCAACAAUAAAUAAAUAAAUAAAUAAAUAAGAUUUUCAACAAACAAGAUUUUCCUAGAAUACAAAAUGACAAGGACUGAAGUGCAUCAUAAAAACAACAAUGUUGACUUGACUUGCCACAUUCAAAUUUAACUUGGAACCAAUGUCCAAUUGAAAAAUCAUAAACAAAUUUUGAUUUCACAAACAUUAACAUAUGCAACACUCCAUCCAUUAAGACAAACAGAAACAUGAAUUCUUAUUCCACCAUGUCUUUGAAUUCCUUCAACCUGUUUUUUCUGUUCAGCCUCAUAACCUUUCUCCUCAUUAGCUCAACUACUAACGCACAAAAUCCAACUUUUCUCUACCAAGUUUGUUCAGAGAAUGAUACCACCACCAGCACCUACAAAUCAAACCUCAGAACCCUUUUUUCUUCAUUAUCUUCCAACGCUACCAAAGAAUUCUACAACACCACAGUCACAAGCAGAACUGCCUCAAACACGGUAUACGGUCUAUACUUGUGCAGAGGCGACGUUUCCUCUUCCGGCUGCCAACAAUGUGUGACAAACGCAACACAAAAACUAUCAACAGACUGCUCCUCAUCCAAACGAGCUGUAAUCUGGUAUGACGAAUGCAUGGUUCGAUACUCCAACAACUCUUUUUUCUCAACCGUGGCUACAAGUCCCGCUAUUUUCUUGAUGAACACCGUGAAUAUCACGAACCAGGCAAGCUUCAUGCGUUUAUUGUUUGAUACCAUGAAUGAAUCAGCUGAUAAAGCGGCGAAUUCUUCUGUUGGUGCUAAAAAAUACGCAACAAAUGAAGCUAGCAUAUCUAGUUUUCAGACACUUUAUUGUUUGGCUCAGUGUACAGAUGAUUUAUCACAGCAAGACUGCAGCACGUGUCUUAGUGAUGUUAUAGGUGCUCUUCCUCAGUGUUGUAAUGGAAAGCAAGGAGGGAGAGUUCUGGUUCCUAGCUGUAAUAUUAGAUAUGAAUUGUACCCUUUUUAUCGAAACCUUACUCCUUCACCAUCACCAUCGCCUUCAGUAGCACCAGGGCUUGUUCCUCCAACAACCAAUCCUAAUUUGGGAGGAAGUAGUGGGAUCUCUUCAGGGACAAUUGUUGCAAUUGUGGUUCCAAUUUCCGUGGCCAUGCUGCUAUUUAUCGUGGGACUUUGUUUCUUAAGUAAAAGACUACGGAAGAAGAAGCGUGACUCUGCACAAGAUCCGAAAACUGAAACUGAUAUUAGCACCGUGGAAUCCUUGAGAUUUGAUUUGAGUACGCUUGAAGAAGCCACAAACAAAUUCUCGGAAGCUAAUAAGCUAGGUGAAGGUGGAUUUGGCGUGGUUUACAAGGGCUCGCUUCCAAGCGGACAAGAAAUAGCUGUCAAGAGACUCUCUAAAAACUCAGGACAAGGUGGAGAGCAAUUUAAGAAUGAAGUUGAGUUGGUUGCCCAGCUUCAACAUAGAAAUUUAGCUAGGCUUCUAGGAUUUUGCUUGGAAGGAGAAGAAAAGAUACUUGUUUAUGAAUAUGCAGCCAACAAAAGCCUUGACUAUAUUCUUUUUGAUCCUGAAAAACAAAGGCUGUUGGAUUGGACAAGGCGUUACAAGAUAAUUGGAGGGGUUGCUCGAGGCAUUAAAUAUCUUCACGAAGAUUCUAGGCUUAAAAUUAUUCAUCGUGAUCUCAAAGCUAGCAACGUAUUGUUGGAUGGAGAUAUGAAUCCAAAAAUAUCCGACUUUGGCAUGGCAAAAUUAUUCGGAGUGGAUCAAACUCAAGGAAAUACCAGUAGAAUAGUAGGCACAUAUGGUUACAUGUCUCCGGAGUAUGCAAUGCAUGGAGAGUUCUCUAUUAAGUCUGAUGUAUACAGUUUUGGAGUCCUAGUUAUGGAGAUUAUAAGUGGCAAGAAGAACAGUUCUUUCUAUGAAACAGGUGUUGCUGAGGAUUUAGUGUGCUAUGCCUGGAAACUUUGGAAGAAUGGAACACCCUUGGAAUUGGUUGACCAGACAGUAACAGAAUCCUAUACUCCAAAUGAAGCUAUCAGAUGCAUCCAUAUUGGUUUACUAUGUGUUCAAGAAGAUCCAGAAGAUAGACCUACAAUGGCAACAGUAGUGCUCAUGUUAGAUAGUUUCAGUGUUACGCUACCGGUACCUAAGCAGCCUGCAUUUUUUCUACACAGUGGAAGUGUUCCAAACAUGCCGACGAUACAAAUCAGUCAAUCUGAAUCUACUACCAAUUGAAUACUAAUGUCUGUCAAUGAUAUGUGUGUUGGUGGUUUGAUCCUGAUAAUGCUUGAAAAAGUGACGAGAUUCUAAAAGUGUAGUCUAUUAGUGUAUGUAGUUUUGAUUUAAAAAUCUUGUAACAUUUUGUAUUUGCUUAUUUUUUAAUUUGAAAAUAACUUUUGUUUAGAAAAUAAAAGCUUAAAUACUUAUUCAUCAAAGCUAAAACAAAGAUACAGACA